CUUCAAUGGCUCAGAGCACCGGAAACUAUGGUGGACCUGGCUUUGGAGCUGUAGGAAAGCGUCAAAAGAAGCAUCUGUCCCCAUCUAGCAACAUUGAAUAUAACGACGAAUUCAAUGAAAAUGAUCCAGAAGCCAAUUUCAUCACUUCCGAAGGUGGAAGUAUUGAGAUCGGCAGUCAUAUAACCCACCGCAGUCUCAGCAGAAGCUCCCAGAAGCCUCCCAGCACCCGAUCAAGCAAUAAAGCCGGCUCUGGCUCAAACCACACCCGUACCAACAGCCAGCAGCACGGCCACCAUAUUCUGCACGGUCACCAUGGUCACCACAACAUUUUUGAUCAAGUUACUGCUCCUACUCACGACCCUGCAGGCCGGCCCCUCCGUCGGCACGGUACCGAAACAUUUGGUGAUGUUUUGCUUCAUCCUUUAAAGGAACUCGAGCUUCACCGCAAGCGCGUCGAGGAAUUCGAUGCCGAGAAAAAAGAGUUUCAAACCACACACCCUGAAUUACUCGAUCCUAAAGCUGACACCAAACCUGAAAUAAAGCCUGUGAUCAGAAUCAUUGUCCAUUUCAUUCACUUGGUUGGUGAUCAGGACCUUCUUAUGUCAUCACAUCUCAUUGAACAAUUAAGAGAGCCUCUUUCUCUUACUGACAUCGAGAUAACCAGACUACGAAAGAUUGACGAUACAGACGGUCUUAUUGAAUUCUUCCACAAGACAAAACGUGACUAUUCCUUAAAGAUCCACAAGACAGUUAACAUACGUACUGAGCUGAGAGAAGCGGCCGCUGAGUUCAAGAAGAACAAACGUAGUUCUUCCGACUCUGACGAUUCCAUACCCCGCCGUAGAGAAAUAGUUGGAACCGAUACACAAGAAACUCGGGAACAAGUAGAUCCUGCUAUAGUGCUAGUAUCACCUCCAGCAACCGAGUCUCCAAAACAGGAGCAAUCCGAAAAACUCCAAGUACCCGAAAAUAAUGGAGUGACGACCAAGCACGUGGAGGAGCCAGAGAAAUUGAGUGAAAAGCCAAGGACUGAAACUCACCCCUUGUCCCAUCUGUCUGGAACUGUUAUCCGACUAAACGAAAAUGUUUACUUGGAAAUCAAGUCAUAUAAACCAAAAGACGAAGAAGAAGGCAGAGAAAGUGGGGCAGGACGUCGCCCGAUUUUUGUUCUUCCUGAUGCAGAUCUUUCUGAUGAUACUGAAGAAGAAACAAAGGCUACAUGGGUGGAGUUGUUUGGUGAUGUGUUUUAUGUCGGUUGGCUCACAACCUUUACUCAUGCAAACCAUAUCACUGGUCAAGAACAAUUGGGAAUCUACGCAGCCUGGUUUGUUGUAAUGUGGUGGACAUGGUGUUCAAGUGCAUUGUAUUCUUCUCGUUAUGACUCUGGUGAUGUUAUGCACCACAUCUAUAAGGUCAUAGAGCUGUGUGGUUUGGUUGGCAUGGCUGCAUCUAGUAAUGGUUUCUGGCAAGAUAGUCCAAAGGGUUUCAUUAUUGGCUAUAUGGUCAUGAAGGCAGUUUUGUUGAUCGAAUACGGCGUUGUACUUAUUGCUGCUAUUAUUUCUGGCUCGUUUGCUCGCAAAACUCUGGCUGCUUAUGUAGCAAUUAAUGCAAUUUCAAUUAUUAUGUGGGGUUGCUCUCUCUUGUUCCCCACAAACCAGACCGCUCGUUACUUGCUUUGGUAUAUCAGUAUCGGCGCAGAAUUUAUUGUAAACGUAGCCUUGAAGAAGAACAAGCAAACCUCUUUGGCUGCUAGUCAUCUUGCUGAAAGAUUCGGUCUUUUUACUCUUAUCAUUCUUGGUGAGAAUUGUAUGGGAUUUAUUACGAUGGUCUCAGAUGCCGAAGCCCACGUUCCAGUCGUUGUUUCUAUCAUGUUUGGUUUGAUCAUCAUCUUCAACUUCUUCUUCAUGUACUUUGAUGAUUUUAAUACUGAGAUUCUCAACGAAAUUGAAGUGAGUCAAAUAUGGGUAUGGCUCCAUUUCCCUCUCCACCUAUGCCAAGUCGCUUUUGGUAUCGCAUUGAUUGAUGUUAUCACAAUCUUCCGUCUUGGAUGGGAUGACGGAGAAGCCGGUGCCGAGCUGAUGCGUGAGGCCUGUCAUGAAGUCGAGGCUGAAUUGCAUUUACCAGCCGCAACAACAGCAACAUCAGAGGCCGCCGGUCACUCUCUUAUUACUGCACUGCGAGUUGCCUCUGGAGCAGGUGGAGAAACCGAGGCGUGUGAAGAGAUUCCAGAUACUAGAUUUGUAUUUCAAGCAUUCUGGAUCUCUGCUGGACUUAUUCUGUGUAUCAAUGCUUUGAUCAAGUUGGUUAAUACUAGAGUUGACGCAAAAUGGUCUCGCAUUAUCUGUGCUUCUCGUAUAUUGAACGCAGUUUUGUUCUUUGGUCUUUCUGCUGCAACCUAUGAUAAUCUUACUGGUAUCUCUAUGCUUGCCAUUAUGAUGUCCUGCAUGCUUCUCCAAUCUGCAAUUGAUCUUACAGAUUAA